CCCGGAUCGGCUGAGACCCCCCCGGAGCCGCCACCAUGACGCCCCCACCCCGCCCCUUACGCAGCGCCGCCCUCCUCCUCUCCAUCACCCUCCUCGUCCAGAGCCGCCCCCAACCCACCCCAGGACCCCCCAGGACCACCCCGACAACAACCACCCCUCCCACCAGCCCACCCACCCCUCACUCCAUCUCCAAACGCUCCCCGCCUUCAUCCUCCUCAUCCUCCUCCCACCCCUCGGACGUGCUGAAGGAGCUGCAGGAGCUGGGGCGGCUCCGCGCCGAAGCCAAACGGGACCGGCAGCGGGACCGGGAGCGGGAGCGGGAGCUGGGAUGGGCGAGCUCGCGGCAGCUGCGGCAGCAGCAGAGCCUGGAGCACCGGCUGCUGGAACGGCGCUACCAGGAGCUGGCCGAGAGCCGGCGGCAGGCGCAGGCGGCGCGGAAAGCGGCGGCCGAGGAGGAACGCUUGGCCGACCUGGCCUCGGAUCUUCUGCUCCGCUACCUCCUGAGAGGGCCCGGAGGCGUCGUGGCCGAGGAUAAACGCUCCGAGGAGGAGGAGGAGGAGGAGGAGGAGGAGGAAGGGUUUGGAGGUGGGAAGGAUGGGUUUGGUGGUGAGGAAGAGGAUGAGGAGUUUGGUGGUUAUAAGAGGAAGGAUGGGUUUGGUGGUGGUGACCUCAACGAUCUUGGUGGCUACAAGGGCAAGGACAGGUUUGGUCUUGGUGAGGACAUCAAUGAUGAGCUUGGUGGCCACCAGAGCUACAAGAGCAGGUUUGGCCUCAGCAAUGACCUCAACGAUGACCUCAAUGAUGACCUUGGUGGCUACAAGACCAAGGACAGGUUUGGUCUUGGCGAUGACCUCAACGAUGACCUCAAGGAUGACCUUGGUGGCCACCAAACCUACAAGACCAAGGACAGGUUUGGCCUCAGCAACGACCUCAACGAUGACCUUGGUGGCUACAAGGCCAAGGACAGGUUCAACCUUGGCAAUGACCUCAACGAUGACCUCAUCGAUGACCACCAGACCUUCAAGACCAAGGACAGAUAUGGGUUUGGCAAUGACCUCAACGAUGACCUCGAUGACCACCAAACCUACAGGACCAGGGACAGAUUUGGCCUCAACAACGACCUCAACGAUGACUUUGACGUCUACAAAUCCAAGGACAGGUUCAACCUCGAUGGCUACAAGGGCGGCUACGACGCCAACGACGCCAACGAGGUCUUCAAGGUCAACCGGCGCUUCAAGCUCCGAGGCGGCGCCAACGAUGACCUGAAGGCCAACGAUGACCUCGGUGACAACUUCAAGAUCAGGGGCGGCUUGGACGACCUCAACGGCGGCUUGGAGGACAACGAGAUCCUCCCGGCGCGUGGCCACCGCGGCAACCGGAUCGCCACGGCUUCAUCAUCAUCAUCAUCAUCAUCUUCAGAGGUGACCACCGGCGAUUCCGAGGAGGUGUCACCACAAGACCCGGCCGAGGUGGACGAGCUGGACCCCGGCACCAUCGACCAACUGAUCGAGCUGUCCAGCAAGCUCCACCUGCCGGCCGACGACGUGGUGGACAUCAUCCACGACGUGGAGCAGAAACGCAAAGAGGAGGAGGCCACGGGCUUGGGCAUGGCCAUGGCGGCCAUGGGCGUGGUGGCACCGGCCGUGGAUGAGGAGACGCCGCCGCCGCCGCCGAAGGUGCCGGGUCGGCUCCCCAAAUCCAGGAUCCGGCCGCCGGAGCAGACGCCGGCCAGGACUUUGGUGCCGCGGCGUCCGCCGCCGCCGCUGAGGGAUCGCCAGGUGGAGAAAUAUCUCGAGAGGGUUUUGGGGAGCCCUCCCCGGGGGUAUCCCUGAGGUUUUUGGGGGUUCUUCCCCCCCAAAAAAUAAACCCCCCAACCCCCCCAUCCUUCCUUCCUUCCCACCCUCCCCAUGCUCGGGUGUGUUGUCCUCUCCCAGUUUGUCCCAGUUUGUCCCAGUUCUGAUUGUGGAGUUCCUCACCCUGUCCCGGUCUCAUGGUUCCAGUUGUCCCUCCCAGUUAAUCCCAGCUCUGCCCAGUCCUGGUUCCGGUUUGUCACCAUUCGGCCCUUGAGGCGCCCAGUUCCUCCCAGUCUGUCCCAGUUCCCUCCCAGUUCUCCCAGUCCCAGCCCCAGUCCCUCCCAGUUCUCUCCCAGUCCAUCCCAGUCCCUCCCAGUUCCUCUCAAUCCUCUCCCAAUCUCUCCCAGUUUAUCCCAGUCCCUCCCAGUCUGUCCCAGUUCCUUCCAAGUCCUUCCCAGUCUCUCCCAAUUUUCUCCCAGUUCCCUCCCAGUCCAUCCCAGUGUCUCCCAGUCUGUCCCAGUUCCCUCCCAGUCCCCCCCAGUCCAUCCCAGUAUAUCCCAGUCCAUCCCAGUUCCCUCCCAGUCCCUCCCAGUCCAUCCCAGUCUCUCCCAGUUCCCCCCAGUCUCCCCCUAGUCCCUCCCAGUUUAUCCCAGUCUGUCCCAAUCCUUCCCAGUCCCUCCCAGCCCUCUCCCAGUCCAUCCCAGUCUGCUCCAGUUCCCUCCCAGUCUGUCCCAGUCCCUCCCAGUUUAUCCCAGUCCCUCCCAGUUCCCUCCCAGUCUAUCCCGGUCUGUCCCAAUCCUUCCCAGUCUCUCCCAGUUCCUUCCCAAUCCCACCCAGUCCCUCCCAGUUUAUCCCAGUUCCCUCCCAGUCUGUCCCAGUUCCCCGCGGGGGGGUUGCCUGUAAAUAACCCCCCAAUGACGAAUUUUGCUAACGAAUAAAAGCGACUAUUUUAGUA